AUGCGCGGAAAGGUUUCUCUCGAGGAGGCAUUCGAGCUGCCCAAGUACGCGGCCCAGACCAAGCAGAAGGCCGAGCUCUACAUUGCCCCCAACAACCGCGACCGUUACUUUGAGGAGAUCCUCAACCCCUGCGGCAACCGUCUCGAACUUUCGAACAAGCACGGUAUCGGCUACACGAUCUACUCAAUCUACUCGCCCGGUCCGCAGGGCUGGUUUGACCGCAAGGAGUGUGAGGAGUACGCGACCGAGUGUAACGACUUUAUCCACGGCGAAAUCGCAAAGCACCCGGACCGUAUGGGUGCAUUCGCCGCUCUGUCGAUGCACGACCCCAACCAGGCCGCAGCUGAACUCACCCGUUGCGUCAAGGAACUUGGCUUCCUGGGCGCCCUCGUCAAUGACGUCCAGCACGCCGGCCCAGAGGGCGAGACGUACAUCUUCUACGACCAGCCCGAGUGGGACGUCUUCUGGCAGACUUGCUGCGACCUCGACGUCCCCUUCUACAUGCACCCCGAGCCUCCCGUCGGCUCGUACUUUAAGCAACAGUACGAGGGCCGCAAGUACCUCAUUGGUCCGCCGGUCAGCUUUGCCAACGGCGUCUCGCUCCAUAUCCUGGGCAUGAUUGUCAACGGUGUCUUUGACCGCUUCCCCAAGCUCAAGGUCAUUCUUGGCCACCUUGGCGAGCAUAUUCCGGGAGACUUCUGGCGUAUCGAGCACUGGUUCGAGCACUGCUCGCGUCCCCUGGCCAAGUCUCGCGGAGAGGUGUUUGCCGAAAAGCCUCUCCUCCACUACUUCCGCAACAACAUCUGGCUCACUACGUCGGGUAACUUUUCGACCGAGACACUCAAGUUUUGCGUCGACCACGUCGGGGCUGACCGUGUGCUGUUCUCGGUCGACUCGCCGUACGAGCACAUCGACGUCGGCUGCGGGUGGUACGACGAUAACGCAAAGCAGAUCAUGGCCGCUGUCGGCGGCGAAAAGGCGUACAAGGACAUUGGCCGCGACAACGCCAAGCGUCUCUUCAAGCUCGGCGCCUUCCACGACUCGGAGGCGUAG